AUGUUCUACUCGCAGUACAUUCUCGCCAAGCGCGGGCCGCUGGGGACGAUCUGGAUCGCCGCGCACUUGGACCGCAAGCUGCGGAAGAAUCAGAUCGCGGAGACGGACAUCGUCUCGUCAGUGAAAUCCAUCAUUAACCCCGACGCGCCGCUGGCGUUGAGGCUUUCGGGACAAUUGAUGCUCGGGGUGGUUCGCAUUUACAGUCGCAAGGUGAACUACUUGUUUCAAGAUUGCUCCGAGGCGUUGGUGAAGAUCAAGCAAGUUUUCCGACCUGGGACGGUUGAUCUGCCCGCUGAUGCGGCGACGGCGCCGAAUGCGACGAUUACGUUGCCGGACAACUACGACGACUUGGAGUUUUUCUUCGACCCGGGCAUGGCGAACGGCGCGACGGGACGAGCGAGCGUGAGCAGAGAGAACAUCACUCUGGCGGAU